AUGACAGCCAAAGCCGAGACCAACUCCCGGUCAUCCUCCACCACUGGGUCAGCGGAAAAAAUUACCCUUGCGGCGCACUACAAAAGUACCGAUGUGACCCAGGAUAAGUAUCCGGACGACGAAGUAGCCUCUGAUUCGGAAGUUCAGAUCCACUACCGGAGCUGCUCGUGGCAGAGAACCGCGGGCCUUUUGUUCUCGGAGUACAUCUGUCUUGCAAUCAUGUCGUUUCCUUGGUCCUACUCGGUCUUGGGAUUAGUGCCCGGCUUGAUCUUGACCGUGUUUGUUGCCUUGACCGUUUUGUACACGGGUUUGGUUAUUGGCGAUUUCUGUGCCAAGUACCCGCAUAUCACCAACGUUUGCGACAUUGGCCAACACUUAUUCUGGGGAAAGAAAUGGGCUUGGUACGCUACCGCAGUGUGCUUUUUGUUGAACAACACUCUCAUCCAGGCCUUGCACGUCUUGGUGGGGGCCAAGUAUUUCAAUACCAUUUCCGACAACACCACCAUCUGUUCCCUCGUAUUUUCCGUGGUGACGAUUAUCGUUUGCUUUUUAUUUUCCUUACCCAGAACCUUUUCCUCAAUGUCGGGAAUUGCCUACUUCAGUGCACUCACCAUGUUUGUGGCCGUGAUUCUUUCCGUUAUCUUUGCCGCUAUCCAAGACCACCCCGAAGGGUUUCACCCAGAGGUUCCCGUCCAGUGGAAUUUGUGGCCAGAAAAGGGAACCACGUACGUUAGCGGGAUGUCUGCAUUCUUAAACAUUGUGUACACGUUUGUCGGCCAAAUCACCUACCCGUCCUUCAUCUCUCAGAUGAAGGAACCAAAGGAUUUCAAGAAGGCCCUCUACUUGGUUACCGUUUGCGAACUUAUCACCUUUGCGCUUGCAGGUUCCAUUGUGUACGUCUAUGUGGGUAAUGCAUAUAUCACGGCUCCGGCCUUCGGGUCAUUGAUUGGCAACUAUAAGAAGAUUGCCUUCUCUUUUGCUUUACCCACCAUCUUCUUUUUGGGAGCCUUAUACGGCAAUGUGUCUUCCCAGUUUAUUUUCCUCCGGAUCUUUGACGAGAAGUCUCGUCACCGUAAUAACCAUACCAAAAGGGGGUGGACGGUCUGGGUAUUGCUCAAUCUUGGUUUGUGGGCUAUUGCCUUUGUGAUCGCCGAGGUGAUUCCAUUUUUCUCUGAUUUGUUGUCCUUGAUGUCUUCGUUGUUUGACUGUUGGUUCGGCUUUGUCUUCUGGGGGGUUGCAUAUUUCCAGUUGCGAAAGUCUCAUUACGUCGAGACGUUGGGCGAACAAGACAUUAGUUUUUUGGAAAUCUUCAAAAAGGAGUCAUUCGUCGGUAAACUUGAGUUCAUCAGUAACUUUGCCUUGAUUCUCAUUGGUAUCUACAUUUUGGGACCCGGACUCUAUGCCAGUGUGGACAGUAUUGUCCUCUCGUACCAAUCUCAUCUUUAUGGGUCGGUUUUCACCUGCGUAAGCAACGCUAUCUAG